AUGUUUUUGGCGAUCUUGGCGACGCUGGCCCUCACGGCUCAGGGCUGCACGACGAUCGUCGUCGGGCGAGAGGCCUCGACGACAGGAUCCUCCAUGGUGACGCACGCAGCGGACUGCAGCAGCUGCGACUUUCGCAUCGGAAAGGUGCCGGCCAAGACGCAUCCCACCGGCGCACAGCGGGCCAUUGCGCCGUUUCGUCUCGCCUACCCUCGCUACGUCGGCGACGAUCGCGGCGACGUCUUUCGACUCGACAACGUCGAUACGUCCAUCUUCAACUGGACGGCCACAGAGCCGCUGGGGCAAAUUCCGCAAGUGCCCACCACGUUUGGCUAC